UCGUCUCCCUCUCCAAAACCCUAGCUUUCUCCUUCCCCUGCUUUGCGGCGCGCCAGCCAAUCACCCCAAACCCCUCCCAGUCCCAGCGAUGGAUCAGCGCAAGGGCAGCGGCAGCGACGCCAACGGCGGCCUGGCGGAGGCGACGGCGUCGAGGCUGAGGUUCGAGGACCCCGACGAGGUCAUGGAGGAGAACCCCGCCGCCGCCGCCGCCACCGUCGGGGCGGAGGAGGAAGGGGGAGAGGGAGGAGGAGGGGAGGAGGUGAUCGGCAGCGACAAGACCAGCGCCGACUACUACUUCGACUCCUACUCCCACUUCGGUAUUCAUGAAGAAAUGCUAAAAGAUGUGGUUCGGACAAAAUCAUAUCAAAAUGUUAUCACCCAGAACAGCUUUCUUUUCAAGGACAAAAUAGUCCUUGAUGUUGGUGCUGGGACUGGGAUCCUCUCACUUUUCUGUGCAAAAGCAGGGGCUAAGCAUGUCUAUGCGAUUGAGUGUUCUCAAAUGGCAGAUAUGGCAAAGGAAAUUGUGAAAACAAAUGGAUAUUCUAAUGUUAUAACGGUAAUAAAAGGGAAAGUGGAAGAAAUUGAGCUUCCUGUCCCAAAAGUAGAUGUAAUAAUCUCCGAAUGGAUGGGCUAUUUCCUCCUGUUCGAGAAUAUGCUGAACACUGUUCUAUAUGCACGUGAUAAAUGGCUUGCUGAUGGUGGUGUUGUCCUACCUGACAAAGCUUCUUUGCAUCUUACUGCAAUCGAAGAUGCAGAAUACAAAGAAGACAAAAUUGAAUUUUGGAAUAAUGUGUAUGGCUUUGAUAUGCGCUGUAUCAAGAAACAGGCAAUGAUGGAGCCACUUGUAGAUACGGUGGAUGCAAAUCAGAUUGUCACUAACUGCCAGUUACUGAAGACAAUGGAUAUUUCCAAAAUGACACCUGGAGAUGCGUCCUUUACAGUACCAUUUAAGUUAGUAGCAGAGCGUAAUGACUAUAUCCAUGCUCUUGUUGCCUAUUUCAAUGUGUCCUUCACCAAAUGCCAUAAGAUGAUGGGCUUCUCAACAGGCCCAAGAUCAAAAGCCACUCACUGGAAGCAAACUGUUCUGUACCUGGAGGAUGUACUGACCAUCUGUGAGGGGGAAACCAUCACAGGCAGUAUGACUGUUACACCGAAUAAAAAGAAUCCCCGAGAUAUUGACAUUAAGCUCUGCUACGCCCUAAGUGGGCAUAGAUGCCAAGUGUCAAGAACACAACACUACAAGAUGCGGUGAUCAAUGCGAGCUCAGCUGCCCUGCAAUCCAUUAAAUUUUGGUUGACCAAGUAUCUUGUUUCGCAAACUGUGCUUGUUCCCGUGAUCCUGUAUUAACAUACGUUAUUUAUGUUCUUUGGGAUCUAAGCAUAAGUAGAAAAUAGAUUGAACUGGCCUGCCGAUAUGAGAUUUGCUAUUUUGCAAAACUAUGUUGUCUUGCUGGCUGGUGGUAUUGGUAAUGAAUGCGUUGACAAUGAUGAUGGCAAUUGCUGUGUACGUUUUAUGAAAAUGGAUCAAUGACGUAUUGCCAGUUUGCCACACAA